AUGAAGCGAUACUCAACAAUCCUAGCUGCUCUUGCUCUUUUGCUUACAAUCUUUCUGUCUGGUUGGCCAAAUAAGGCUCAAGCAGAGGGUCGUCCCAUCCCUCAGGCAUCUUCAUCUUCCACUUCAACAUCAUUCAUGGCUUCAACUUCACAAGCUUUCAGGGAUAUCCCAGUGGCUGAGAAGAAUCCAUUCAAGCAAGUUGAUUCCAGCUUCAGAAAAAUACCUCCCAGCACUUCCAAUCCUACACAGAACAAGCACAAACCUCCAUUAGAUGACUGAAGGAAUUACAAUACAGUAGAUUCAGAUCUCUUGCAACAAUUUUCCUUUCUCCUUCCCCUUUUUGUCC